UGCCGAAAAUUCUCUUGCACACCACAUUAUUCACGAUCGAGAGUACAAGAUCAUUUCGAUAUCAAACUUUGGAUAGACAUUUCAAGAGAAAAAACUCGUGUGAACAUAGUACGUCAAGUUAUUGUACGCCGAACUUUAGAUACCCUUGCAUAUCAAGGCCCGGUUUUGUAUUACUCUUCUUUGUUCCCCAAGGAUUACAGCUUUAGAAGGGUAGAAUUGCUACAACUCUGGGAGGUUCAAGGAUUUCUUAACAUUUUACCAUCAAAACAUCUGUUUGAUGCAUAUUUUACUAAUGCUCUUUCCGAUGGACAUUUCGUUGUAGAAAAUAAUCAGAAAAAAAGAGAUAAAACUGGUGUAGUAUGCUACAAAGUACAUGGUUUAAUACAUCAUAUGGUGGUGAAUCUGUUAAGAGAUGACUAUUGUUUGCUGGAUAAGCCCGCAAACGAGGUUGUUGGUAAUCGAGUUCAACAUGUGAGCUUUAUGGUUGAUGCUUCUUGGGAAGCUCCAUCCUGGCUUCAAGGUGCAAACCAAUUGAAGACUCUCCUUUUUCUGCCUCGUAGAUCACACGGGUCUAUCUCUAUUCCAAACUUUAAUGUAAUAUUGGCAAAUAUGAAGGCAUUACAAGUUUUGGAUUUAGCCGUUGUGGAUUGUAGAAACUGUCACGAUUCAUUAAGGGAGAUGAAGCAAUUGAGAUACCUCAGACUGGGAAAGUCCUUUGAUUCGUUACCAGCGUGCAUCACAAAUCUAAAAUUCUUGAGGACUUUGGAUCUUACGCACACUUCUAUUCGAGUAUAACCAGAGGCUUUCAUCAAUUGGGUUGUCUAAGGCAUCUCUAUACAGGAUGUAGAUUGAUUGAUUUGCCACCGAAGUUUGAAGUGCUUAAAGAGCUACAAACCUUGGAUGAAUUCAUAGUAGGAAAAAAUAAUGGGUUAUAUGAACUCAAGAAUCUGACUAUCCUUGCAGGAAAGUUAAAGAUUCGUUAUCAAAAUGGUCGUAAACUAAAGUUCUGUAUAUCAGAUAUCAUUGCAAAUAGGAAAUUACAUGGUCUGUCAUUAGUAUGGUUGUCUUCAACUGAAGUCGAGCAUAGUAAUGUUCAUGGUAAGAAAUCAGAAGCUGUGCAGUUUGAAUUCUUGCAACCGCCUUCAACUCUAGAAAGCUUAAAAAUUCAGGGUUGGAAGGGGGUGAAGUUUCCACCAUGGCCAACGGAUAAAUUUUCCAUCAUACUCAAUAAACUUGUAUCAAUAAAUAUAGUCGACUGCAACAACUGCCAACAUCUGCCUGACUUCAGUACACUUUAGUCUCGAGUCCCUCCAGCUUUGGGGACUCAAUACUCUGGAGUGGGUGGAGCAUUGUGAUAGUUUUGGCAAUGCAUUAAAUCCUGAACCAUAUUACUUCCCAUUCUUAAAAGUAUCUAAUGUUGGCUAAUUUGUCGCGACUAAAGGGGUGGUGGAAGGCAGCUGAUUACGAGCAACAAGGAAAACAUGAUGUUCAACAUUACCAACUCAAGCGCAUUUCAGAACUCAGGAUUACUGAUUGCCUUAAAUUGAUGCCAAUGCCUCAGGUUCCAAGCCUUGAGAAAUUGGAAGUAGUUAACAUCCAUGUGAAGCUGCUAAACAAACUCAUGAAUUCCCAGCAACUGAAGGGACUCCAAAUUAAUUCAGUUGACGAGCUAGAGUCCUUCGAAAUCGCUAUAUCUUCCUUGCAAGUUCUGUGUAUCAGAAGAUGCACACAAUUGAAAAAUGUGGUUGCUAAAUCUUGCAACACUCUCAAACAACUUAAAAUUCAAGCAUGCCCCAGAUUGAAAGAUAUAUUGCAGACAUUGAACAAUCUAUCCUCCCUCGAGGAGCUAGAAAUCGAGAGUUGUGAGGCAUUGGAUUGGGUAGACCUGAAGGAUGACAUCGAGGAUAGUAGAGCUGCUUGGGACGGCCUCAAAAAUCUCCGAUCAUUGACAUUGUAGAACUUGUCAAAGUCUGAACCCUUGCCAAGAGGUCUUAGUCAUCUAACAGCUCUUAAGGAGCUUAGUAUCAGUUGGCUUUACAACUUGACUGUGCUGCCACAAUGGAUUGGACAUCUCACUCAACUGAAUCUGCUUGCCAUUCAUUAUUGUCCGAAACUGAAAGAAAUUGCUGAUUUUUUUGACCAAACACAAGUAGACAUUAAAGACUGCCCAAAUUUACACAGACGUAAUCAUGGGCGGACGAACCAUUUGGCUUUCGAUGCCUCUACUAAAAGGCACUGAGUUCUAAAAAAUGUAAUUUUUGAUAGUUUUAUGAUAAUUUUGUGGAAUUAUUUGUAAAUUGGCCUUGAAAUUUAAGACUUUUAGAAAUUAUAGCCGUAAAGUUUUUUUUUUUGUCAGUUAUUGCUAGUAUAAAUUAGAAACCGUAAACAAUUUAGUAAAGUUGCCGGAUUCCGA